AUUAAUUAAGAUUUAAGAACCAAUUUCUCAAUGGAGAACCAAGUCGGGAGAAGUAGCUGCCGGCGGCAAAGGGUGGUCCUUUUCCCGCUGCCAUUUCAAGGCCACAUAAACCCAAUGCUUCAACUGGCGAAUAUACUCUACUCCAAUGGCUUCUCGAUCACCAUCAUUCACACUAACUUCAACUCCCUAUACACAUCAAAUUACCCUCACUUUACUUUUCGAGCUGUUCUUGAUAACGACUCGAAAGACAAUAAUCUUGCCAAGUUAUCUUCUAAAGGAAUCGGUGAUCUUCUUUCCGGGAUCAUGCUGUUGAAUCAGUGUAGUGGAGAAAGCUUGCGCCAAGAGUUGGAUCAGAUGUUAAUCGCUUCAAAACAGCACCAUGAGCCUAUUGUGUGUUUAAUCACUGACGCUCUUUGGUACUUCACCCAAUCGGUGGCAGAUAGUCUAAAGCUUCCGAGGAUGGUUUUGAGGACAAGCAGCUUGUUUUGUGUUAAUGUUUACGCCUCCAUCCCUGUUCUUGAAGACCAGGGUUACUUUAACCAAGCAAACAGUGUUUUCGAUGAAGAGAACAUAGAUUUAGGUCUGAAGAAUAUUAUAUCUCCAAACAACGAAAGAGACUUUAAGAAACCUGAAGGCACCGAGUUAGUUUUUGAUUUGGAAGAACGGGUGCCUGAGAUUCCAGUUCUUAAAGUGAAAGACAUCUCAAACAUGAGAAUCAAAGGCCAGACAGAUCCCAACAGCGAAAUUACUAGCUAA